ACCUCUCGUAACCCCGCCCCCUUACUCGACUGCUUCCCUCUUCUGUGCUGAACGCUGAUGUGUUACUAAGUUCAGUCCACACAACUGCAAAAAAAAUGUUCCAUUUUCGAUCAAAAGUGCUGCUGCUGCUCCUCCUGGCUUUCCCCUGCGGCUUGAUAUCUAUCAGCCCAGUGUUGGCUCAAUCUGACUCGGAUGAGUAUAUUGACGCUGAUGCUUCCAUCGAUGAGGAUGAGGACGAUGACGAAGAUGAAGCACUCGUGGAAGAAGAUCAGAUCCACAGCUCGGAAGGAGAUGAUGAAGAUGACGCAGAAGGCGACGAUAAAACGCUAACGUCUCACGCCGAUGCCGACACGACCAUCAUCUUCACCACAGGAGAAGAGUUCCUGGCCAAUGAAAUUGUGAGAUUCCUGGUGGGUUUCACCAACAAGGGAAGUCAGGAUUUCAACGUUCAGUCCUUGGAGGCCUCAUUCCGUUACCCUCCGGACUUCCAGUUCUACAUUCAGAAUUUCACAGCUUUGCCUCUGAACACUCUGGUUCAUCCCGCCGCUCAAGCAUCCUUCGAGUACUCUUUCAUCCCAGCGCAGCCCAUGGCGGGUCGGCCAUUCGGACUUGUCAUCCUCCUCAACUAUCUUGACGCAGAGGGCAACAUGUUUCAGACGGCCAUUUACAACCAGACUGUCACCAUCACUGAGAGAGAAGAAGGACUGGAUGGCGAAACAGUUUUUAUGUACAUCUUCCUCACUGGACUGGUGGCGCUGAUGCUGUUUGGAAUGUACCAAGUGCUGGAGUCAAGGACGAAAAAGAGAAUCCCAAUAAAGAUCGAGAAAGGCACCGGUGGAAUGAGCGACGUGGACAUCAGCUGGAUCCCUCAGGAGACUCUCAACGCCAUGAACAAAGCUUCCCCCAAAACCUCUCCACGGAAACGAACCAAGCGGGCAGCUGGAGUGGAUCAAUAAAAGCCGCUUGUUGUUCCUUCAAUCAACACGACGUCCGUAAGGGUUUCAAAACUCAUUUCCUUGCACACGUCUCGUGUGUGUGUGUGAUGGAUCGCUAUAUUUGGACUUCAAUUUGUGCCUGGCUGCUCUCGGAGCUGCUGCAUUGACGCUAGCAGGACUGAAUUGAUGUUCAUUUUAAUGACUUUUUUUUUUUUUUUUUAUCAGUAUGAGUGUUUAUGUGUGAAGUUGAACCCCAGAGAGUGAACAGGAAAUGGGUAGCUUAGUGCAUCUUCACAUAAGAAUGCCGUCAAGCCAUCUUAAUUGUUUUAGGAUUGGAUUUUUUUAACAAAUAAAACACAAUGUGAUAUUUCACAGAACCCCACAAAAAAUAAAUAUGUCCGCAAUAUAGUGGGGGUUAUGAUACAGCUAUAAUUAAAACAGGUUUCUGCAGGUUGAUAUAUGCUGGUAUUGGUCUUCCUGUUACAGUAUUGGAGGUCUGCAAACGAAUGGGGGAUAAAUGCCGCAAGCUUGUAGUUUGCCUGAUAAUCCAUAAUAAACAUUUUGGAAAAUAAUAAUAAAAAUGUGACACCCAUU